AUGUCAGACGAUUACCAAGUACCUACCUCCGUCCCAGCGACAAACCCCACCCAAGCCCCCAAUCCAUAUGGCGCAUCCGGAGUUUUGGGCGACGGUCCUGCGAUCAAAUAUUUGUGCGGCGAUUGUAAUGCGAGUGUUAUGUUGAAGAGAGGUGAUCCGAUUAGAUGCAAAGAGUGUGGUCAUCGUGUUUUGUACAAGGAGAGAACUUCUAGAAUGGUUCAAUUCGAGGCAAGAUGA